UCUUAUGAGCAACAAGUAGUGCUUGUGCUUGGUGGUCCGCAUCAAAGGUCCGCAUCAAGGGUCCGCAUCAAAGGUCCGCAUCAAGGGUCCGCAUCAAGGGUCCGCAUCAAGGGUCCGCAUCAAGGGUCCGCAUCAAGGGUCCGCAUCAAGGGUCUGCAUCAAAGGGUCCGCAUCAAAGGGUCCGCAUCAAAGGGUCCGUAUCAAAAGGUCCGCAUCAAGGGUCCACAUCAGGGGUCCGCAUUAAAGGUCCGCAUCAAGGGUCCGCAUCAAAGGGUCCGCAUCAAGGGUCAGCAUCAAGGGUCCGCAUCAAAAGGUCCGCAUCAAGGGUCCGCAUCAAGGGUCCGCAUUAAAGGUCCGCAUCAAAGGUCUGCAUCAAGGGUCCGCAUCAAGGGUCCGCAUCAAAAGUCCGCAUGAGUGCCAAAUUAGAGAAGACGGGGAAACGGAUCAGCACUAAUGCUGAUCUGAGACGUGUGGCAAAACAAGCCACAAAUCACGACAAUGGCGCAGACGGUAGCAGCUCUGGAAAAGUUAAGCCACAGGAGAAAACCAAAACUUCACUGAAAAGUUUGUUUGGUGAUUCUCCCAAAAAAAGGAAGUCAAACAUAAAUCCUCUGGAAGAAAUCAACAAAAUGAAAGCAAAAAUGGAAAAACUCGAAAAGGAGAAUGAGGAAUUGCGCCGUGCUUUGGCCAGUUUUGUCGAGAGUAAAACGACCGCAGAGACAGAUGAACGCAGAGCGAUGAAUCAAAUGAAUUUUGUAAACAUUUCCGAAUGUAUCCCUAUCAAUGGCGAAACUGAAAUCAAUAAACGUAGCUACGAACAUUGGAAAAAUGUUAUCAACUCGGCAUUCAAUAUAGCCCAAACCAGCGAUGAAAACAUCAAAAUAGAUGUUUUAAAAAUGAAAGCCGGUUCCUAUCUUUUGGACUUACUGAAAAGCACGACAACUCAACAAGGGAUGCCUGACGAGAAAAUCCAACCUUAUUCCAACGCAAUAUCUCGAUUAGACAGCUACUUCAAUUCAAGUGCAUAUUCCUUGUCGCAAAAAAUGAAGCUUUCAAAUAUGGUGCAGAAACCCAGUGAAACAAAUAUGGAGUACGUCAACAGGGUGACCCAAGCAUCCAAACUGUGUAACUUCAAUUUGCCAAGUGAAGAGUUCGAAGCCAUUUCACGCACCAUCACCAGAGGAUCGAAAGACAGCCGGAUCAGGACACUAGCAUAUCGUGUGCUCACGGAAGGUGGAACACUGGGUCAGUUUAUUGACCAUGUAAGGAACCGUGAGGUGGAGCUGGAAAACGAAGAAGAAUAUCAAAGGUUACACCAACAGAAACUAGUAACAGUUGCAGCAGUUUCUUAUAAAACCAGACCAAACAUCUCCAAUAACCGCGGUGGCCAAAAUAGACGUGGAUAUUUUCAUGGACGAGGACGUGGAAGUAACACUAAGUAUCUCGAAAGAAAGAGUUACUACCCGAAAGCUUGCUGGAGAUGCUUGAGCACUUAUCACUCCCCGGAUGAUUGCGAAUACAGGACAAAAGUUUGCCAUAUUUGCAAUGAAUCGGGGCAUAUAAAGAGGGCAUGUAAGCAAUCAAUGGUAAACUCCAGGAAAAGAUUUCGAGAAGACAACGAAGAGGAACAGCCAAAGAAAAUCGCGUGUAUUAAACAAAACGAAGAUUUUGUAGAAGAUGAGGUGAUGGAAAACUGAAAAUAAAAUACUUUCUAAACUAACUAAAUCUAAAAUUACUAAUUUUACAGAAUGUAAAAAUUACAUCAUGGGAAAGAAACACUUCUUUUACAAACGAAAAUUCUGGAUAUGUAUCGGGACAUGUUGCA